GACAGUGUUCCGUUUCUAUCAUGUCAGGGAGUUGGAUGCGGACCGUGAGGUGAAGAAGCAGGUGUUGGAGGAGAGUGGGCUCAAUGAUGAAGAUUUGCCUUGGGUCACUGAUCAGAGUUUGCAAAGGACCGACCUUGGACCGACCCUGGACUUCAAGGAAACCUGUUUAAAGAACAAUGCCCUCGGCUAGAAAAUUUGAAGAAGCUCAUCCGAUAUGAUGAUUAUUGACCCUAAUACCGUGACACGGUGGCAAGCACGUGACACUUAUGUGGUUUGUUUAAUAGGUCGCGGACUCGCGUUGUGGUCUCGCAGUGGUGGUGAGAUGGUGCUCAAAAUAGCCGGCUGGGUGUUCAGCUUCGAGCAAGUGCGCGCAUGGUUAAAGAAGCAAGACCACCCAUACCAGCACUCGCCAGACGAGUUCCUUGCUACCGAGCUCAAUUUCUGGUUCAAAGAGAGAAACAUCGAUUAUCUGUGGGCCGUCGGCACGGACUAUCCUCGAGGGAGCAUGCAGCCAGUCAUCGUAUUGGCUCGAAGGCGCAGAGAAGAUCCCAAGUCGACGGUGUCUCAUUUCUACCGUGUCAGGGAGUUGGAUGCAGACCGUGAGGUGAAGAAGCAUGUGUUGGAAGAGAGUGGACUGAAUGAUGAGGAUUUGCCUUGGGUCACUGUCGUGGAUCCAUUUUUCGAAUACUGAUUGUUGUCGUGGCUUGAAUGCAAUCGACGAAAUGGCGAGGUUCAUUUAUCGUGUAAAUAACAGUAAACUUAACGCCUUGGACUGUUACAAUGACUUGACAAGCGGUUGUGAAGUUUC